GGUCCCUGCUUGAUCCUACUGUCAGCAUUGGCCUCGCGGAGGCAGGGCCUUACUCCAACCAUGUGUACUAAUGAGCAUUGAUAACCACUGUGAUCAUCAGGUGACGUGAUGAGCAGACUAGCCAUCCAUCAUAAGAUAUGUACUUUGAUUGACAAGUAAUGUCAGGACCUUGGACCGAAUUCAAAUGUUCUAAAACAUCGCAAAAAAUGUCCAGACAGUGAUUGAGCGACAUGCCAGACCUUACUGACCUAAUUCAAUCAUUGAUCUUGUGAUAUGUCUGUCUGACUGUAUGCGAUAUUAGAUGCCCAAUCAGUCCAAUCACCUGGUAAUAGGUCUAUUUGACUUGUGGAUUUGGAAGAAUCUCAUUACAACUGAGACGCAGUGUUGUGAAAGGCUAGCAAAUAGACUGUAUGUAUACCGACAUUCCGAGCCGAUGCUGAUUUACUGCCCACGGGACGAUGCACCCGGCUGUCUUCCUUGGAAUCAUUUCAAUACUUUGGACUUUCUAUAUCAUUUCAAUACCCUCAGAAUCUGUUAAUGAUGCGGCCAUUUGGGAUGUUACCGCCAAGUUACCGCCGAUGUGGGAGAAGGUUCCAAGCGACCUGUCCGCUUUUCCUCUCAUCAAUAACGUGACGGUCAUCAAUCCUUGGGACUACAGACAGAGGCUGGCCAUCUAUAAGAUCAUGGUAACAGCAACAGAGCCGUUCAUGAGGAGCUUCGGACCUCGGAACACUGGCAACAUUCUCUGGGGGUUGCCACUACAGCACGGCUGGCAGUAUUCAACAUCCAGACUUCGGGACUUCACCAAUGCGACCAAGUGCGGCUUCAACAGCAGCUUCUGUAUCUCCGAAAACAGCUGGUGGGCAAGCAUGAAUUACUUCCUUUCAGUCAUACCCUUCCUCGGAUCAGUAAAGGCGGGACUUUAUUCAAGACAUUGGCCACACCAGAUACGCCUAACGUCCAGUCGGACGGGAAGAUAUUGCACGAGCGUGAGUAACUGUUCCUCAUUGGCGUCUUUAGAGAGAUGGACAGACUUCUUCGCUUUCGUUAUAAACACAACUGACGAUGUCUCAGUGGGAAUGGUUGAGACACGAGAUAUUUCUAUCAAGGAAAAGAUGUCGCAGCUUGAAGACAAGAUGUUGGAGUUCAUGUGGGCGGCCCACGUCACGUCUAUUGAAGACGGUCUUGUACGAUCCGCACCAUCUCUUGGUUUUAUGUCAGAGCCGGAGCAAAAGUUUGGACAAGACUGGGGGUCCAUGGUCGAGUUCAUAGCAGCCACGCACUUCCAGACUAACUUUAAUCAAACCAAUGUGUUCCAGCUACUGUACCUUCCUCCCCGUCUUCUGUGGCCAGGCGACAAACCUCCGGCAAUUCCUGAUCUGACUAAAAGCGUGAACAAAGCCAUUUUUACAAUGGGUAUCUUCCGAAAAGCAAAUGCCCUCUCCGGUGGUCUGAUCCUUCGAGUUUGGAAACGGGCGAUGUGCAGUGCAGAAGGCCGCAAAGAGGGGCGUUAUCUGAUGCGCAAUCUCGUUGAAAAUCCCUAUAUAAUACCUUUGGCGAUAGCACGUCUCGCAAGGGACAUCGUCAUCUACCCAUGUGACGACAAUAUGGCCUCUUCGUGACUGUAACUUCAACAUAAUCAUGGUUUUCUACAUGAAAACAGUCGCUCGACAUCGGAGCGAAACUUUCGUCCUCCGCCGAUGCAGUAAAGAUAGAAGUUGAUACCGUAAUUCCAGUGCCAGAUAUCAAGUAGAAUAUAAUGCUGCAUGGUGUAACGAAUAAACCAGUAGACGUUCCCCAGAUCGUACAUACGAUUUAAAGAAGGGAUGGACAGAACGAUCGUGUACAGACGAUAGGGAAUCGACGUGACGAUAAAAGCAAUGCAGACGAGAAUCAACAUCCGGGUCAGAUGCCGCGUUUCCUUCCCCUGGGUCUUUGCGACAUCUUCCGCCACGCCCAUUUCCUUUCGUCUGCUGGAAGCUGCGCGAAUGGUCACGAUGAUCCAUAAAUUACUGCCGACGAUGAUGACGAAUGGAGCCACACUUCCGCAGAUGAGAUGGUACAUGUCGACAAAGGUGAUGAGGUGGGGAUAGCCAGGAAUGUCAAGGAUUAGAAGAAGUGAACCCACUGAAUAACAAGAAUCAAAGUAGAAAGUUCAAUUUUCGUACGUUUGUAACAUCAAAGACAUAAACAAUCUGGGUGUCAAGGAACUGCUUAUUUGCCUCUUUUUCUACUGAUGUAUUAUUAGCCAAUCAAGCAGAAGAAAAAAAGUGAGAAAAAAAUUUGGAUUUAGAAAUUUUUUCUAACCCUCAUCCUUUCAUAAGUUCAAAAUUCUGAAAAAUUUUCAAAGUCAAAAAAGUUUUGGGACUGAUGAUGUUGGUGAUGUUCCAUAGCUCCCUCGGACCCGAACAAACAUGAUAUAAUGUGUCUUCUAAUUGGACAGUGCGUGAUUGUUAGUCCCAAAUCAUUACUUGAAGAGUAGAAAGAGGCAAAAUGUAGUGUAUCACUUCAAACAAUGUCUAAUCCCUGUCUG